ACCAGUUUGCAACACUACUCUUGAAAAAACGGACAUGUCGCAACAAGCUUAAACAAAAUUUUAGCAAAUUGCAUAUAAAAUUAUUUGAUUUUAAAAGAUUUAAACAAAUUAUAAGAAAAACUUUAUAAACAAUACAAAGUCAGUGUAUACAAUUAAAUUUGUGAUAAUUAUUAAGAAAUUAGCAAUUGUGUUUUAGCGAAAGUAAGCCGACGUCUUGAUCACAAACUUUGUUUUUGAAAAUUCUUCGAUAGAAAACUCCAAGCCGCAACAGCAAAGGAAAUCUGUAGAAGAUAAAAAACCUGCAACUAAAGUACGCAAAUUACCAGCAGUUAUAAGAGCGGCUAGAGCAGCUAAAGAAAACUCUAAGCAGCAGGAGAAUUCCUCUAGUGAAGUUGAGAAACUUGACAACAAACCUAGCACAACACGUAAUUUGCCAGCAAAGACAGAAAAUUCUACGAAAGAGGACACUAAACCCAAGCAACAGCAGUUGCAGCAUAACAUUACUGUUGAAGAUAAAAUUCCCAAAGGAAAGUCUAAAACCGAACAGCAACAGCAGCAGCAGAACUGUUCUAGUGCUAAAGAUAAAAAGCCUGAACCUAAAGCAAACACAAAUCGAAGAUUACCAGCAGCUUUAAAAGCAACAAAAUCUGCAAAUACAACAACACAACGUUCCCAAGUAUAUAAAAAGCCUUCAGUAGCAAAAUACAAAGUUAAAUCAUCAGGAAAUACCAGAAAACAAGAUCCAUUUAACAAAAUGUCUGAUUGGGGUGAUGAAGAGACUACCGAAGUAAUUGGUAAAGGAUUUGGCAACAAUAAUGACAACUACAAGUCCAACCAUGAUGAUGACUAUCAAAAUGAAGACGAUGAAAACAAUAAUGAUGAUGGUGGUUAUAAGAAACGUUUCAAUGGCGGUGGUGGUGGCGGCCGAGGACGUAAUGGAGGCGGUCGAGGAGGAGGUCGCAAUGGAGGAAAUGGUUUUAACCGAUAUAACAGAGACAACGAUGGCAAUGAUGACAAUGACGGAGAAAACAAUGGCUAUGGUGGAGGAGAACGUCGUGGUGGCUUUGGUGGCGGACGUGGCCGCGGCGGUGGUCGUGGCGGUGGUGGUAGAGAUGGUGGACGUAGAGAAUUUAAUAACAAUAAAGGAGAAAGUGAUGAACACAAUAAUAGCGGUGGUGGUGGAGACGGCGGUGAGGGUGAUGAACCUAAAAAGCCACGUGAAUUCUAUAUACCACCCGAACCCACAGAUAAUGAAGAAGAAAUUUUCGGUACUGGUAUUACUAGUGGUAUUAAUUUCUCCAAAUAUGACAGUAUACCCGUAAAGGUCACCGGUGAAAAUGCUCCUGCUUCGAUACAAACCUUUGAAGAGGCAAAUUUGCGUGAUAUUGUCAUAAACAACAUUAAACGUUCCGGUUAUAAAAUACCCACGCCCAUACAAAAAACAGCCAUACCCGUUAUAACAGCUGGUCGCGAUUUAAUGGCUUGUGCCCAGACCGGUUCUGGCAAAACGGCCGCUUUUCUUUUGCCCAUCAUUAAUAGUUUAUUGAGUGAAGGAGCUGAGACUUCGAUUGGUAAACCUCAUGCUCUAAUAGUAUCACCCACACGCGAAUUGGCCAUACAAAUAUUCAAUGAAGCCCGCAAAUUUGCCAUGGGCUCCUAUUUGAAUAUACGCAUUGUUUACGGUGGCACUUCAUCCAAACAUCAGGGUGAAAAUAUUGGACGCGGUGGUAGUCAUAUUUUAAUUUGCACUCCUGGACGUUUGUUAGACUUUGUGGAAAAAGGUUUCAUAACAUUUGAAGACACACGUUUUGUUGUCUUAGAUGAGGCGGAUCGUAUGUUGGAUAUGGGUUUCAAAGAGAGUAUGGCCACGAUCAUGAAUCAUCCUACAAUGCGUCCCAUGGAAGAGCGUCAAAAUCUUAUGUUCUCUGCCACAUUCCCAGCCGAAAUUCAACGUAUGGCUGGUGAAUAUCUAAAUGAAUAUAUUUUCAUAUCGAUUGGUGUUGUGGGCGGAGCAUGUUCAGAUGUUACACAAAAUAUCUAUGAAGUGAAAAAGUUUCAGAAACGUUCCAAGUUGAUGGAACUCCUACAAGAAAAUCCCGAUGGUACAAUAGUAUUUGUGGAGACCAAACGUGGUGCAGAUUUCCUUGCUUCUCUGCUAUCGGAAACCGAAUUCCCUACGACUUCUAUACAUGGCGAUCGUUUACAAAGUCAACGUGAAAUGGCUUUGGCUGAUUUCAAAAAUGGCAAAAUGAAAGUUUUAAUAGCCACCUCCGUAGCAGCCCGCGGUCUUGAUAUUAAAAAUGUUAAUCAUGUAGUCAACUAUGAUAUGCCCUCCUCCAUUGAUGAGUAUGUGCAUCGUAUUGGCCGUACAGGACGUGUAGGCAAUAAUGGUCGCGCCACUAGUUUCUUUGAUCCAGAAAGUGAUUCAGCCAUUGCUGCAGAUUUGGUUAAUAUUUUAGAAGGUGCUGGCCAAGAAGUGCCAGAUUUCCUUAAGAACUUUAGCGGUGGUGGUGGAGGCGGUGGUAGUUAUGGCAGUAAAUUUGGUGGACGAGAUGUGCGAAAGGGUGUGCCACAGACUGAUGAUAACUUUGUUACCUCCUCUGGUCCCAGUGCCUUGGAAGAAGAGGAAGAGUGGAAUUGAAAUCAUUUCACUUUACUCUCUCUUUCAUUUGCUUCACAAAUUUUGAUUUUCAUUUUUUCAAUUAGUUUUUAAGUAUUUCUAAAUAAUGAACUGGUUUUCAUUAUUUGUUUUCACAAUUUUAUUACUACCAUAAACAUACAUUCAUACGUACAUAAUACCUAUUUUAUUAUUAACUUUAUUCUCUCAUUCCUUAUUUUUUUACCCCAAACAAAACUCAUGAAUUGACAUUCUUUUUCUAAAAAAAACAAAUUCGUUAUCUAAACCCUUUUAAACAAAAACGAGUUCCUUUUAUUAUUUACUAACCUCCUUUAUUUUAUUAGAUGUUUUUAAAUUAUUUUGAAACUAACAAAUUUUUAAUACGUACAUCAAGAUCAUUAUUAUUAGUAUUCAAAUGAUUUGAUAGUAUUUUUUUAUGUCUAAAAGAUGUAUAAAAAAUGAAAAGUUUAGCAACUUGUAAAAUGAAAUGUAAAUGAAGUUACAUUAAAUCCUUAAUUUUUUUUGAUACAAAUAAAUAAUUGUUUUUUUUAUAUAAAACAAUAAAUAAUCCU